AUGAACUUUGCGGAUCACUUCGGUAAGCGCCACGAAAGCCCAUUUGCGUCCACAGCCGCUCACGCCAGGCCAGACGGAUGCUCCUUCAUCUAUGAAGAUGACCGAACAACUAUCACAAAUGGCCAUGCGGUGAACAUGGAAGGCCACCCAACCCCCCAGCCACUCAGAGAUCACGGGGUAUCAUCGUCAGACCCACACGAGAAUAUCCGCGCGUGGCUGUCCGGAAUCACUGUCGACGAGGAAAACAAACCUCUCGUCACAGACGUAUUUUAUGCGCUCGGCAACCUGCAAAACAUGGACUCAUCGCCCCAGCCUGCAGAGAUCCAACCAUCAAGGGUUCAAAAGCAGACUAGGGCGAAUGUAAAGGUCCACACCAUGGGCCCGGGAUUUAUUGGAAGAGCGCCGCCGUUCGGAUCAUCGGAGUUCUUCGCCAAUCUGGUUGUGGUAGCCAUCCUACUGUUGUUUGCUCCAGGCUUCACUAUUCUGGCGGCGGGGGUGUUCGUGACCUCUCGGGUUGCCGAGCGGUGGGCUGGACAGGAUCAAUGA